AUGACGGUAGAGGCAACCGAGAGCGCCGUCCCUCACCUCGUCCUCACUGAAGAUAUCAAAGACUUAUCACGACUACUCGACGAGACAAAAGAGGUCCGACUAGAAGCCGACAAAUUACUCGACCCGCUCCCUGAAAUGCCGAUGGGUGGUGGCCUUCCUUUGGCUCUUCAUCAUGAUAUCUACGCCACAAUCAAGCACGAAAUUCCCUCGACAGCUGAUGAUGAUGUCAAGAAUAUCCCUGGGGUCCCUGGAGGUAGCGAACAACAGAUGUUAUUCGGUGUUAAUAAUUUUGCGCUGAACGUACCGUACUGUGCGCCUGGUGGGACGAACAAUAAUAAUGAGAUUGUCAACCAUAAUCACAGCAAAAAUGGUCGAAUCCUUACUGCUGAUCGGAAAAGGCCCUAUCCAUGCUCUCGUUGUACAUCCCGAUUCGGGUCGAAAAUGGAACUGGAAGAACAUCAAAACAGCCAUACCGGUCAGAAGCCCUUUGAAUGUGAUGUCUGCAAAGCUCGAUUCAACCGGCGCUCAACGUUAUGGAAUCACAAACGAAUCCAUUCGGACGCGAAACCCUUUGUCUGUACCGUAUGCCAAAUGACGUUUAAAUGGAAGAAUUCGCUGAAAUGUCACAAGGAGAUGCAUUUGCGGAAAAAUGAAUCGUCAACGGUGUUGGACAACGAUUUGCGGCAGCUUACAUAUGCAACAGCUGCCAAGAAACGAUUGAUCCAAAUGGUUGAAGAAGGGCAGCUUGAUGGUUCUGGAAGUGCCGUAUCAUCAGCCAUCCAUUCUCAGCCCCUCAUCACCACCGCGUCACCGAAAAAGAAGAAUGGAAAGAAUCAACAUUCGACGAGUGGAGGGCUGAUCAACAUCCAGACAUCACUGAGCUCGGCCUCAAAGGGAUGGAUGAACACCAACAUGUUAUCCCAAAAUGACCAUCCUCUUGACUUGGACCCAUCCUCACUUGAUACCCUCGUCCAGCAGAGUAACCAGAAUUUGUUGGCGCACUUGUGCAGCACUGAUAUGGAUAACUGCCGAAACACGAACAUUCUUGGUUCGAUGGACGACACAAACGCGAUGCUCUCCAACCCCCUAUUCAGUGAUAUGAAACCGGAUUUGAAUCUUCUCCACCACCACCAAGAUAUUCAGUUCCAAUACCCAAAUAAUCUGCUGUCCUCCUCGAUGUCGGCCCAUUCUCCUCUCAAUGUACAGUUGCCGUUGAAUUUAAUGAAUAUCAAUCGAAUCAACGGCUUGCACAGUCCCCAACAAUUGCCUUCCGUCCAUCAUCUCUCCUCUACCUCUCUGGCUAAUGGUGUCGUCCUCCCAAUGGAAUACCCCCUCCACGAUUCUAUCGUUUCUUCUGUUGGCCAUCCACAAUAUAUCGUCACCCCGCCAUCUGAUAUUAUGCUCUCACAUUCGGCCCUCGCCUAUCCAUCUCAAGGGGGAUUCCCAUUGCAGCUGAUGGACAAUGGAUGCAAUCCUCUACCCGGAUGCUCCGAAUACGCGCCAAAUUUCGACUACGGCAGCGGGUUGAUGGGUGGUCAAUAUCAGUUGAGUGAUGAUCAAAUGAGUCUGGCUCCUCAGCAACAAGAUUCGAUUCUCAAUGAUGAGACCAAAUGCCUACCGUAUGAUCAAUGG